UCCAGUCGCAGCUGUGAGGUCUAUGGUGACGGGUGUGUUAGUGAGUGGUAGUUUCGGCCGUGUUUUACAAUUGAGUUUAACUAACAUAAUAUAAAUACGUAAGUGUAAAAAAUUUUUAAAAUUUUUGUGACGUCUGUUUUGCAACCCGUUGAAUUACUUCUAAAUCGCAGAGGAGGGAACCCGCAUUCGUGGCUAGAGACUGCGUGGACUGGGAGAUACUUACAGGUGAAUUUCAAAUUGGCGACACCAUGGGCUCGUGUGUUUUUUAGAUCCAUUUAGUUAAGGUGAGCACACUAGAGGGUGUAUGCUGUCCUCCUUCCGGGUUUACAACCGGGAGUGUAGUGCCGACUGCUGUCUCAGGGUCACGUGAUGCGAGCCGUCGGCCCGCGGUGAGAGCAGCGGCGAGGCACCCACAGCAGACAUGCCGGGCAGCAGCGGGCCCAGCAGCCCGGCGAGGGCCGCCGUCACGGUGUCGCCCUACAGGGACCGGCGCGCCAGCACCUCCUCCGACACGUCCGACACUUCCACCGCCUCCAGACAGUUGAGCAUUGACGGCGUGGAAGUGAUUCCGACACGACUGUCGAAGGUGACAGCCUCGAAGCCAGCAGCAAACCCACUCCAGUUUGUGAAGGUUGGACCGUGUAACUUGUACCGUGCGGCUCAGGAAACCCUCAAGAAGGUGGAGGAGGUCAAGAAGAUAAAAGAGGAGGUGCAGAACCAAGAGGAAGACUGGCAGUCGAACCUGGACAACUGGAAGAGCAGCCGCAGGAAGAGACAGGAGCACAUAAUAGAGCGCGUAGUGGAAGUCAAGAAGCUGGAGAUGGAGGAGUUUGACCGCAAUCGUCGCCGCAGCAAGACCUUCAAUGAAAUGCUUGAGGAACGGAACAAAACAGGGCGCAAAAUGAGCCUGGCUGUGUACAAGGAUGAAGAUGCUAAUGACCUCAGCGACCUUGGGAUCGGAACUCACAGCAGCAAGAGCAGCAUCAGCGAAGAAUAUGGUCACGAUGACAACCACUUGGACAACUACAGUGAGGAUAGUAGAGAGAGCACAGGCAGGUGUGUUUUUGACAAUCACAAUGGGGAGGCACCAAAGAACGGGCUAAAUGGCCAUCAUGAUGAUGACACUUCGACUACAGCUACGAUAUCCUCCCCUGAACCGGAGGAGUACACAUACGAACGAGCGAUUCAAGGCUACGUUAACUUUGCAGAGAAUAGGGCAAAGACGAGAGCCGCAAAGACAAAUAUUUUGAACAACAUAAAUGGUAACUUUGACCAUGGUGAGCACACAGGGAAUGAAACAUCUAAAAAUAACAACUGUGUCAAUCUGCCCAAUAGGUCUUCCAAGAAAAUUCCACCCCCUGUGGUUCCGCGAAGGCAAUCGGCUGCCAAGAUCGAGGACCGCCUCACGGCAUUAGAACAGAGGAGGAGUAGUCAGCUCUCUGAUGUAGGUACUUGCGAGAGUGGGAACAAAGUUACAGUGCCCAAGGUGGACAUUUUGAAACGCAGAGAGCUUUUUGAGAAAGCUUCAGACGUAGACAGCCAGUCUUCCAGGCAGGACAGAAUAUCUGGGGACUUCUCCAAUGCCAAAAGUAUUAGGGAAAGGUUGUCACAUCUGGAAAAGCAGAAUGAAGAAAAUGCCAACAUCAAGGAGAGACAAAUUUUAAGUAGUCAGGUUUCUUCAACUGUCAAAGAGAGAUUGUCACAUUUUGAUAGGUCCACUGAAAAUUUGUUCGAAAAGGGUUCUACUAAAUCUGUGCUAAGGCUGUCCAAUGGGGAUAUUUCAUCACAAACAUUAAGAGAUAGGCUGUCGAGCCUUGAGAGAAGUGCCAGUUUGGAGAGGGAAGGGUCGGCAUCGAGCGCGAGCAGGAUCUCGGAAGAAGUGCCUCACACCAUCAAGGAACGCCUCAGCAACUUGGACUCUGCCCGCAACAGAGUAGUGCACAAGGUGACGCCCGACAGGGAUGUGAGCUUUCACUCGAAGCUCGCCACUUUCCAGAGCAGUGACAAGAGCAAUGCCGGCAGCCCAGAGUGCUCUCUGACUCCCGAUGACAAGCUGUAUCAAGGCAAGCAGCAGUUCCACCGAUCCCUCGACAGCUUGGAGGUCGAGGGUUCAUGUGGGGCAGUGGAGAACCUGUCUUCAUUCGAGCGUGUGCAGAGCUUAGAAGACGUGGACUGCUUCGGGAACGACAGGAACUACCCCGCCUCAACUUCGUCCACGGAGAUGCUCGUCUUCUCCACUCAGAGCGGGGACACGGACAGAGAGGACAGCGGGAUCCACACGGCCGAUGUGUCCUGCUCCGUCAGCCAGGCAGACGAACCGGUCGAAGAGGGGGAAGCGACAGUGUCUGCACCUCAUCUGGAACCCAUCCUAGACUCAUAUCAAGAGUCGAGCGAGACGUUGUGUUUGGGUACGAAGGAACCUGUGGAGAUUACGCAGGAACAUCCUCAGACCUCAGUGAGUUUGAACAAUACACCCAACUCCUCGUUGGGUGAUUUUGGUGCCGGUAGUGCUGAGUCAGAUGAAGUUACCUCUAUAUAUUUGCCUGCAUGCCAUCCUGGUGUUGGUGUUGAGAAUUCUGGUUUUGGGGUCACUACUCAUGAGAAUUUAAUUCUUGCUGAUGGUGUUGGUCGUAGUUCUCCUCCAUUUCCUGACCAUAACACUAUUAUUGCGCAUGAUCUAGAGGAAAAAGGGAAGGGUAGCAAAAAUAACUCUGAAUUGGUUGAGGCAGUCAACUUGCACCAUUGUUAUUCUACAUCAUCGGGCUUAUUUCCUGAACCAGUAGAUAAAGAUGAGGUAGUGUCUUCAACUCCUUUUGCCAACGGUACCCCACAACAUGUUUAUUCCAAUCCUACUGUCGGUGGUAGUCCACACCAUGUUUACGCCUCUCACUGGGAAUCCACGUUGAACGAUUCUAUUGAUACGUCAGAAGACAACUUUGAGAUGUGCAAGACGUACCCAGCAGACAGUCAGGACUCAACCGAGUUUGAGAGUUGCCGAAGUAACAUUAGUUCUCCUGAGCCAUCCGAAUCUUUGGCAACCUCUGCAGUCAUUGGUCGACCUGAGAGAGUGUUCCCUGUGGCCGCUCCAAGGGGCGUGGCCGCAGAACGUCGCCGCACGGUCGUAGAGGUCUGCGAGAAGGUGGAGGUGAUGGGUGAUCAGCUUCGCUCUCCGCCGCCGACGCCUUUCAUCAACGUGGCUGCAUCUUUCAAGGACACGCCGAGCUCAGAUGAUGCUGCUCUGGCGAGCAUGGCGGAUGCAGGAGCAGGCAGCCCUGAGCCCCAGGGCCCACGGCCGGCAGCGGGAGAAACCAUCGAGGACUCGGGCAGCGCGGAGGGACUGCGCGGGGAGGCGGAGGGGGAGACAGCAGCCGCGGGGGAAGUGGUGUCGGAUGACUCCGGCGUCCAGAUCUCCCCCUACCCCAGCUUGUUGGACAAGCCUACGUCUGAAGACGAGAUGUUCUUUCCUCUGAUUGACAGUCAGAUCCCACCGCUGGUGUUGUCCGCGGACAUAGAGGUGGUGGCAGGCCUGGAGUUCCCCCUCGGUCCGCCUACCAGCGCCGAGCCGCCCAAGGAGAAGCCACCUCCGCCACCCGUCGACCUCAGCGACGAAGACGUGCCUCCUCCGGUGACGUCCCUGAAGCGGCUCGACUCAACGAAGCGAAUCAAGAAAGAGAUAAGAAGGAAGCGCUCCGACUUUCUAGGCAUUGAAGGCAGCAAUGACGACAGCUACCUAGAGCCAGAGCUGAAGGUGGCACCUCCGCCUGACAUGACGCUGUUCCUGGUGGAGGAGCGACGCUCCGAGCAGCAGCUGUACCGGCAGUCGAUCUGCUCCGAGUCGGACUCUGCCCUCGGGGAAACGACGGACAGCCGGGACUCGGGCGUGGAGCUGGACCGAGGCCACUUGGACGACGCGUCGUGGUCGGGCCGGCCGGUGCUCACCCCCUCCUCUGAGCACAGUCGCCAGGACAGCGAGUUGUAUGGGAAUGCCAGCACCACUUCUGAAGAGGAGAUAAUGAAGAGAGAACGUGAGAUAGUAGAGACUGUGGAGAAGGAGGACCAAUGGCAUUACAAGAAUACUCACGCUCCGAAUGAACAGAGUGGAAUAGGGGAGAAGCUGGCGGAGAAGCUGCGGCUGCUGGAGCAGGAGAAGAUGCGCCUGGAGUGGGAGCAGGUGGAGGAGGACCGUCGGCUGAGGGCCAAGGAGGCCGAGCUGCGUCAGCAGGAGAAGGGUGCUUGCGAGGUGGGGCAGACACCUGCUUCUGCAGCUGAUGCAGGCUGUGCGGACCAGCUGAGAGCGGAGCGGGAGAGGCUGCAGCAGGAGAACCAGGCCCUGGAGCUGCAGAAGCAGCAACUGCAGAUGCAGCAGCGCUGGGACCCCACGCACCGCUCCCUGCAGGACGUCUCCUCCCUCCCGGUUGGUCAACAACCCCUGACCCCGCUGUGCCUGCCGCCCAUCACGGAGACGCCGCCCAACUACCGCUUGUCUCUACCCAACCUCCAGGAUGUGGGUUCGCCUGCAGUGAGCAGUCCGACACGGAGGCCACCACCGCCAAUUCCCCCGGCCAAGCCCUUGCGACCGGACAGGGAUGCCACCAUCAGGAGCAGCAGAGUGCCCUCGGCGGACAGCCUGCCCCAGCAGAUGAGCCGCCACACCCUGCAGGCCCUGAGCGCCGCCCCGCGGUCCAGGUUCAUCUCCACCGACACCUGGAUGCAGGCCAAGAGGAAGCCGGACGCACCUCGCAGCAACUACCAGCACUGGCUGGUCCAGGAAGCGGAACAUCGCCGCAUCACGGAGCAGCAGCAGCGCAACGCCCGGUCCCCACGCCGGUUGCUGGCCCCCGUCCCGCCCCAGCCUGUGCCCCGCUCCAACAAACCCCUGCCCGACGCCAUCAUCCAGACCCUCACGCAGAGGGUGCAGAACCGAGCGGGGCUCGACAAAGCCCCCUCCGCUCCCCAGAGACGCAGUCCGGCCAAGGAGCAGGCUCCACCCCCUGUGCCCCCUCCCCCCACCAACCUGGGGGGCGUGCCCUCCGAUAGCCAGGAGAAGAUGCUCAGUGUCAGCGGGAAGAAGAAGUGUUCACACUGCGGAGAGGAGCUGGGCAGAGGAGCAGCCAUGAUAAUAGAGUCGCUGAGGCUGUUCUACCACAUCGACUGCUUCAAGUGCUGCGUGUGCCACGUGCAGCUGGGAGACGGCCUCAUGGGCACGGACGUGCGCGUCAGGAACAACAAGCUCCACUGCCACAACUGCUACUCCAGCGACGACGGUGUGAAGUUCAGCUGUGUAUGAAGCAUACGGGAAGUCUGUGGCCACAGAAUGAGGCAUGGACUUCAUCCACAAGGAGCCAACGGAGGAAUUUGUCUCGAAACAAAAUUAUCUUUGUUUUACUUAUACAUAGUUACCACGUUUCAGUCUGUCUGAACAGUUAUAGGAUUUCGGAAUAGUUUAAUCCGUUUUCUCUUUACGGCAUAAGCUUAUUUAACUCUAAAUUACAAAUGAAUUAUUAUAGUUUUAUAUAUGCAUAUAUUUUUUUUAAGGAGGUUCUAUAAUAAGUAUAUAGGAUUUACUAAAAACGUUAAACCAAAUUUAUUAUAAGAUUUGGUGCUUAAGUAUAUUUUGGUUAAAGUAAACAGAAAAUGAAAAAAAUACAGAAUUCAAUAUGAACACUGUUAUUAGCUAAAUAAUAAAGUGAAAAAAUAAUAUUGUCAAAAAUUUUUGAGAGACUUAAAGAGGUUGUGUAUAUAUACUUUUUUUAUUGUUUGAAUUUGUAUAUUGCUUGUACAUAGUGUUGUAUAUGUGUAAUUAUAUUGUGGAUGAGAGUGGAGUCAUGUAUAGAUUGAAAAGAAAGAAGCUGAGAAAAAGGUGUCAUGUAGCACAUUAUGAAAAAAUUAUGAACAAAAUUAUUUAUUAGGUGGCUACAUCUUCAGGAAUAAGACUUUAUUUUAAUGUUAAUUAUAAAUUCCGUUCUUUAACUGUACAAAGUGUCUGCAUUUUCAAUACAUUCAAAGUUUAUAUUGUGUUUUAAGUCUCAUUGACAAGUGCAAAUUUAUUUGCUGCAUUGUUUUGUUUCUGUGUAUUUGUUUUUGCAAAUCAGUUGCAUUAUUUUUAAGCACUGAGUGUACACAUUGUAUAUUACUAAUAUACAGUUUGAAAGAGUCUCAAGUAUACCAUAUUCCUUCAUGUAGCUGUAAUACAUAUCCUUAUAUCUAGUUUUUCUAAAUAGAAAAUAUAUAUUUUAAAUUGUAAAGACUCAUCUAUCUUAAAUAAAAAUUUUACAAUGCAAUUGUUUCUUCCAUGAAAUAGAUAAAUUUCUGUUACAGAAUCACAAAAAAUACAUAUCAUUCAUGAAACUAUGAAAUUGUCCAGUGAUGCAAUCAAAAGGAAUGUUAAUAGAAAUGGGAAUGUUUUUUGUAUCAGAGUUCCAUAAAGGGCAUUGUAAACAUGUGCAAAUAGCAUUCAAAGUCACCAGCACAGUUAUUGAAGGUUACAGAGAAUGAGAUAGUUUUGUAAUUUUGAAAGCAUUAGUGACUGAAUGAAGAAAUGCAUUAAGUCUUGGGAAAACUGUUGUCAUUUUUAUUCUACAUAUUAUACUGUUUAUUUUAAAAGUUUUUUUCUCAAAAUAACUAAGUGAUGUGAUUAAAAAACUGAACUGAAGGUUUUAAAGCUGAAGUGCAGGCAUGUAUACUGCCUACUUGCUAUUCAUCAUGCAUGAGGUA